CCAAGGUUCCUAAAAUAGUGAAGCUUCAUCCUCUUUCGUACUCCACAGAACCCAACCCAAGCUCGUCCUUUUUCGACCCCGCUUCACCCAAACGCUUUCCUCCUCCGUUCCCAUCGCCGGUGACCUGUGUUUUCAUCCUCUCCUACGCCACCGUUGGCUUGUGGGUCUUGCCGAUUGCUCGUGGCAACUGCCGAUUUCUCCUUCGUUGGCGUGUUACAGUUUUUGCUUGUGGUGUGCCGCCGUUUGCUUGGCAUUCGGUGCGUCCCUCCCCUCCCUCUCAUCUCUUCCUGUCCGUCUUUUGUUAUGGUAAUGGCGUCAAUGUUGGCUUUAUCUGUUGCCUCCCUACCUAAAUGCAUGGAGUCCGACAAAUUUUCAGAUUCUUCUCUCCGUGGUAAAAAUAAGGAGUCUGGCUAUUUGCGCUUUUUGGAGCGAAGAAAAGUGGUUCUCUCUUCCGUCGGGAUACUUUCCUGGACGUUGUUGAAUAAUGCAAAGGACGGAAGUAGCGUGGCGACUGAAUUUGCUGACAUGCCAGCACUUAGGGGCAAAAAUUAUGGCAAGACAAAAAUGCGAUACCCAGACUAUACAGAAACUGAAUCAGGACUCCAGUAUAAGGACUUACGAGUAGGAGAUGGCCCUAAUCCAAAAGCGGGAGACACAGUGGUGGUGGAUUGGGAUGGUUACACCAUAGGUUAUUAUGGUCGCAUAUUUGAAGCCCGGAAUAAAACUAAGGGUGGUUCUUUUGAGGGUGAUAACAAGGACUUUUUCAAAUUCAAAAUAGGAUCUCAAGAGGUAAUCUCAGCUUUUGAAGAGGCUGUUUCAGGCAUGGCUCUUGGGGGAAUUAGAAGGAUAAUUGUGCCCCCAGAAUUGGGAUAUCCUGACAAUGAUUUCAAUAAGAGAGGCCCAAGACCAAUGACAUUCUCGGGCCAGCGAGCCUUAGAUUUUGUGCUAAGGAACCAAGGGCUGAUAGAUAAGACUCUCUUGUUUGAUAUUGAGCUGUUGAAGAUCAUACCAAGCUGACCUGUCAAAUGUUGCGGCUCAUUUUCUGAAGGCUCAGAGGUUCUCUCUUGGAACCAGUUAGCUGAUCAACAAUUGUUAUAUGAUAAUUAUAAUGUGAGUGCUGCUAGAGUGUCUUUUGAAGUAUUUAAUGCGUGCUUACUCAUUCUUCCUAACUUGCGUUUUGGCCGCAGCACAUAUAUGGAACCCAACCUUCUUAUUUACAGAGGUAUAGAGGAAUAUAAGGUCGUUGCUUUUCCUUCGUGAUUGAAAUAUUUGUGGCUUUUGAUUGAAAAAACAAUUUUUUUCCCCGCAAAUGUGCUUAUAACAUUUAGUUUAAGUGAUAUUUGCACGUGGUUUACUAAACAUUGAUUCACUGUAUAUGCGUGUGGGGAGGAACACAAUCAUAUGACCAAUUAUGUAGAUAAGUAAAAGAAAAGAAAAUGAAACUUUUGGUUCUUACCCACUUGUCACUUGCAAUUCGAUCCCUAUAUUUUGAUUAUACGAGUGUUAAUUUGUUCCAUACGGUUUCGAAGUCUUGUAUAACUAAUCCUCUGAUUUGAGCGUUA